GCCUUGUUCCCUUCCUCUCGUCUCCUCCCUCUCCUGCUGACAAUUUGCAUUCAUUUUCGCUAUCGCUGUUGUUUUGCUUUCCUUGUACCUUUCUCUUAUACCAUCAUGCCUGUGAUACGGAACGGCAGGACAGGCCCCGGGGCGCCUAAGCCUAAAGGAACCCGCGCAAAGUCAGGCUGUUAUACUUGUAGGAUCAGGCGCAAGAAAUGCGAUGAGGCUCGCGACCAUAACGGUCAUUGCAACACCUGCGUUCGUCUCAGAGUACAAUGCCUUGGAUUCGGGGAUAAACGACCAAAAUGGCUCACCAAGUCUAAAUGUGACGAAAUACUAUUGAAGAUCAAACGGUUUCUUGCCGGCGGCUCCGUUCUCCCUAGACAAUCGCGUCCCGAUGUUUCGUACCUGAUUUUGUGGGAUGGCGACUCAGAGCCCGUUUCUUCUCCAAGCGACACUGUUGACGCUUACGACUUUGAUCCUCUUCCCUACGAAAACUUUGUAGACGACUUUGGCCCAGGGCCGGUGGAGCUGGAGGGUCUUCUGACGCAUUGGAGCAGAGGCUAUAAUUCAGAUCUCUUGUUACCCCAGUCCCCACCAUCCUCUUACAAUCCCUCCCAAUCGAUUAUACCCUAUGACGUGGAUCUGACCACAGAUCUUUAUAAUACUAUUUCCCUAAGCGUUCCCCCCUUUAGUAUGAUGGACGUCGAAUCCAGGUUGUCUGAUGCUCAACUCGACAAACGUUACACCGACAUGGUUGUUGGCAUGCAGUACCAAUUUUCUGAUGAGCGGACACGCUCCGAAAUCUUACUCUCUAUUCGAAGUCCCGGAAGUCAUCAAGCGUCAACUCGCUUGCUGGCUUUCAUCCACCAACGACGCCACAUAUCGCCUUUGUCUACCGCUUUACAGGAUGACUAUGCCCAGUCCCGUUACUCCGAGCUCAUAGCAGCUCUCAAUGACCCUCAUUCUUACGACGACGACCAAGCGAUGGCUUCAUUGACAAUGAUAUCUACUCUCCUCUUUGAUGGUGGAAUAGGUGACUGGGAAUCUUGGUUGAACUUAGUCGCCAAAUAUGCCCAUCUUCUACUCAACCAAUAUCAAUCCCCCCAACACGCUCUCAUCUUGUGUAACAAGAAGCAGGCUUUCCUCAUCAAAGCGUGCAUUUGGUUUGAUGUCCUCGCAUCUGUGACGACUCAGACCGACCCCAGCUUCCUCCAUGUCACGCGGGAAUUGUUCAACCCGUAUGCUAGUGGCGUGUCAGACGUCAACAAUCCCGGAAGCGACAUGAUGACGGUCAUGGGAUGCGAGAGUCGUGUCGUCUGGGCCCUAGCGGAGGUGUCAGCUCUUGCUGCUUGGAAACAGCAAGAAAUCGAUCAAGGCCGACUCAGCGUUAUGGCUCUAGUUCAACGAGCUGAACCCAUCUUCCAAUGCCUCAAUGAACCGCUGAACGCGUUCCAUCAACCUGAUUCGCGAAACCUGUGCUCCGAGGUGUUCCGGAUGGCUACAAAGGUUUAUUUGCUCUCUGUCGUAAAUGGGGAUUUCCCGGACGCCGAGGACAUGGAAAAGGCUGUGCGGGAGGCUGUUCAACUGAUGGCGACCGCGGAUAACGCGGUCGUGAGAAGCACCGUGUUUGCGUUCUUCGUGUGUGGGUGUCUGACAAAUGAUGAGGAUUUGAGGGCCAUUUUGUACGAGCGGCUGAGGAGGGAAGGGAGUGUUGGGAAUUGUGCUGCAGUCCUUACGUUGUUGGAGCAGGUUUUCACAGACCCGAGAAGGAAGCAGGACGGCGUCCCUUGGAGGCAGGCUCUCAGGAACAGCAACUUACUGCUGGUGUGAACGAAUUUCAUUUGUCGAUCGAAUCUCUUGUUUUGAAUAUCUAGUUGUAGCUUUUUGUAUAGUCAUCUUGUGUCGUUUUCUCGCUUUUCUUGCUUUCUUUGUUUUCUUGCUUGUAGUCGUAGACAACCAGUUAUAGGUCUAGUACGUAGCCUUACGCUGCGGUAUAUAUGACCUUUUUUUGUCUCAUGAGAUGGAUAG